AGGAAGUCGGGCAGGGAGCUGGUGGCAGCAGCGGGGCAACCGAGAGGGGACCGACGGCGGCUCGCGGUGCGGGGGCCUCAGCUCCCCUCGGUGGCGUGUGGGUCCUGGGGUGGCCGCCCGCCCGGCCCGGGGAGGCCCGUGGCCGCCAUGGUCCCCUGCUGGAACCAUGGCAACAUCACCCGCUCCAAGGCCGAGGAGCUGCUGUCCAGGACGGGCAAGGACGGGAGCUUCCUCGUGCGUGCCAGCGAGUCCAUCUCCAAGGCCUACGCGCUCUGCGUGCUGUAUCGGAAUUGUGUUUACACGUACAGGAUCCUGCCCAAUGAAGAUGAUAAAUUCACUGUCCAGGCGUCCGAAGGUGUCCCCAUGAGGUUCUUCACCAAGCUGGACCAGCUCAUCGAGUUUUACAAGAAAGAAAACAUGGGUCUGGUCACCCACCUGCAAUAUCCAGUGCCCCUGGAGGAGGAGGACGCAGGUGAUGAGCCAGAGGAGGACACAGAAGGUGUCCUGUCCCCUCCUGAGCUGCCACCGAGAAACAUCCCUUUACCUGCCGGGCCAUGUGAGGCCAAGGAGGCCCCUGCUUCCAGCGAGAAUCCGAGAGCCACCGAGGUCAGCUGGUCGAGCCUUUCCGAGCUAUUGCUUCAGCGACUGCAGAGCAUAGACACUAGUGGGCUUCCCGAAGAGCAUCUUAAAGCCAUUCAAGAUUAUUUAACCACUCAGCUCGCCCUGGAUUCUGACUUUGUGAAGACAGGCUCCAACAGCCUCCCUCAUUUGAAGAAACUGACCAUGUUCCUCUGCAAGGAGCUCUAUGGCGAAAUCACCCGGACCCUCCCCUCCCUGGAGUCUCUGCAGAGGCUGUUUGACCAGCAGCUCUCCCCUGGCCUCCGUCCACGGCCUCAGGCGCCUGGUGAGGCCAAUCCAGUCAACAUGGUGGCCAAGCUCAGCCAACUGACGAGCCUCCUGUCCUCCAUUGAAGACAAGGUCAAGGCCUUGCUGCAUGAAGGCACCGAGUCUCCCCAUCGACGUUCCCUCAUCCCUCCGGUCACCUUUGAGGUAAAGUCAGAAUCCCUGGGGAUUCCUCAGAAGCUGCAGCUCAAAGUCGACGUGGAGUCUGGGAAACUGAUAAUUAAGAAGUCCAAGGACGGUUCUGAGGACAAGUUCUACGGCCACAAUAAGAUCCUGCAGCUCAUCAAGUCUCAGAAGUUUCUGAACAAGUUGGUGAUUUUGGUGGAAACUGAGAAGGAGAAGACCUUGCGGAAGGAAUAUGUUUUUGCUGAUUCCAAAAAGAGAGAAGGCUUCUGUCAGCUUCUCCAGCAGAUGAAGAAUAAGCACUCGGAGCAGGCGGAGCCGGACAUGAUCACCAUCUUCAUCGGCACCUGGAACAUGGGUAACGCCCCCCCUCCCAAGAAGAUCACGUCCUGGUUUCUCUCCAAGGGGCAGGGAAAGACUCGGGAUGAUUCUGCCGAUUACAUCCCCCAUGACAUCUACGUGAUCGGCACCCAGGAGGACCCCCUGGGAGAGAAGGAGUGGCUGGAGAUACUCAGACACUCCCUGCAAGAAAUCACCAGCAUGACUUUUAAAACAGUUGCCAUCCACACCCUCUGGAAUAUCCGAAUCGUGGUGCUGGCCAAGCCGGAGCAUGAGAACCGCAUCAGUCACAUCUGUACCGACAACGUGAAGACGGGCAUCGCCAACACGCUGGGGAACAAGGGAGCCGUGGGGGUGUCAUUUAUGUUCAACGGAACCUCCUUGGGCUUUGUUAACAGCCAUUUGACUUCUGGAAGCGAAAAGAAACUCAGGCGAAACCAAAACUAUAUGAACAUUCUCCGGUUUCUGGCUCUGGGAGACAAAAAACUGAGUCCUUUUAACAUCACUCACCGCUUUACACACCUCUUCUGGCUUGGUGAUCUGAACUACCGUGUGGACCUUCCCACCUGGGAGGCAGAAACCAUUGUCCAGAAGAUCAAGCAGCAGCAGUACGCAGACCUCCUGUCCCACGACCAGCUGCUGAUGGAGAGGAAGGAGCAGAAAGUCUUCCUGCACUUUGAGGAGGAAGAAAUCACAUUCGCGCCCACCUACCGUUUUGAAAGACUGACUCGGGACAAAUACGCCUACACUAAGCAGAAAGCCACAGGGAUGAAAUACAACCUGCCUUCCUGGUGUGACCGAGUCCUCUGGAAGUCUUACCCGCUGGUGCAUGUGGUCUGUCAGUCCUACGGCAGCACCAGCGACAUCAUGACAAGUGACCACAGCCCUGUUUUUGCCACAUUUGAGGCAGGAGUCACCUCCCAGUUUGUCUCCAAGAACGGCCCCGGGACCGUCGACAGCCAAGGGCAGAUCGAGUUUCUCAGGUGCUUUGCCACGCUGAAGACCAAGUCCCAGACCAAGUUCUACCUGGAGUUCCACUCAAGCUGCUUAGAGAGUUUUGUCAAGAGUCAGGAGGGAGAAAAUGAAGAAGGAAGCGAGGGGGAGUUGGUGGUGAAGUUUGGCGAGACCCUUCCAAAGCUGAAGCCCAUUAUCUCUGACCCCGAGUACCUGCUGGACCAGCACAUCCUGAUUAGCAUUAAGUCCUCUGACAGCGACGAAUCGUAUGGCGAAGGCUGCAUCGCUUUACGGUUAGAGGCCACGGAAACUCUGCUCCCCAUCUACACGCCUCUCACCCACCACGGAGAGAUGACAGGCCACUUCCGGGGGGAGAUUAAGCUGCAGACGUCCCAGGGCAAGACAAGGGAAAAGCUCUAUGACUUUGUGAAGACGGAGCGAGAUGAGUCCAGCGGGCCCAAGUCCCUGAAGAGCCUCACCAGCCAUGACCCCAUGAAGCAGUGGGAACCUGCCGCCAACAGGGUCCCUGCAUGCAGUGGCUCCAGCAUCACGGAAAUCAUCAACCCCAACUACAUGGGGGUGGUGCCCUUCGGACACAUGAAGCAGUCCUUGUCCCCUGACCAGCAGCCCACAGCCUGGAGCUAUGACCAGCCACUAAAGGACUCAUCCCUGGGGCCUGGAAGGGGAGAGAGCCCCCCAACACCACCGUCCCAGGCACCCAUAUCACCGAAGAAGUUUUCGUCCUCCACAACAACCCGGGGCCCCUGCCCCAGGACACAGGAGUCAAGGCCCUGCGACAUGGGCAAGAACUCAGCAGAACCUUCCCCUCAGGAGGACCCGCAGCUGACCAAGCCUGAGAUGUUUGAGAACCCGCUUUAUGGGUCUGUGAGUUCUUUCCCUAAGCUGCUUCCCAGGAAAGAGCAGGAAUCGCCCAAAAUGCUGAGGAAGGAGCCGCCGCCCUGCCCGGACCCGGGAAUCUUGUCGCCCAGCAUCCUGCUCCCCAAAGCCCAGGAGGCGGAGGGCACCAAGGGGACAGGCAAGCCGGCGCCCGCGCCCGCGCCCUUCCUCAGCCCCACGCCCCGGCUCCGCUCCUUCACCUGCUCGUCCUCCGCGGAGAGCCGGCCCGCGGGCGGGGACAAGAGCCAGGGCAAGGCCAAGGCCCCCGCCAGCUCCCAAGCCCCGGUGCCGGCCAAGAGGCCCAUCAAGCCUUCCAGGUCCGAACUGAGCCAGCAGACCCCACCCGCGCCGGCGCAGCGGCCGCCCCUCCCGGUCAAGAGCCCCGCCGUCCUGCACCUGCAGCACUCCAAGGGCCGCGACUACCGCGAGAACGCCGAGCUGCCCCACCACGGCAAGCACCGGCCCGAGGACGCGCCGCUCGGCCGGGCGGCCAUGCAGGUGCGCGUAAAGCCCCCGGUGAACUGCCAGCGAGACAGGAGCCCAGAGGAACAGCGUGAAGCCACUUGGACCCUCUCUCAGGACCCCCUGUUGACUCCUCCUACCUAG